AUGUCCGGUCCGCCCCAAGGCUUUGGUGGUCCUCCGCCGGGUGGUCAUCGAGGCCAUGGGAUGCCACCGCCGCCGCCGCAGCAAUGGCACCAACAACCACAGCCGCAGUGGCAGACACAGCUGCCCGUGCCACCACAACAGCAGCCGCAGUGGCAGUGGCAGUGGCAGUGGCAGCAGCAGGUGCCCAAUGGAGGCAACAACGGCUAUCCACCCAUGCCUCCUUUCCAGGGUGUCCAUGGCAACAACCAGAACAACCAACAGCCACAGCAGCAGCCGACUACUGUAGGCAAUAACGGCAAUCAACCCAUGGCUACUCAAGUUGCGGCUCAAGCUACGGCUCAAGCUAUGUCUUUCUCUGGUUCCACCAAUGGUCGAACCGGGUCCCAUGCUCAGCCCGCCAUUGCUCAGCAACAACCUGGUACGCCGCAGCAGAGCCAGGAAGCACUCUUAGCCCAAGCAAUGAACAUGUAUCAGUCUAGUCAGGUAAUGCUACAAAACCACAGCAUCAUGCUAGCAUCCAGCAUGCAGCAAGGUCAAAUCUUUGCCCAGGCUGUAUUUCAACAUGUUCGACCUGUUCAGCCAGUGCAGCCCACUCAGCCCGUGCAGCACAAUAAUCCUGUGCAGCACAAUAAUCGCAGAGGAUUAGCUCUACAAGAACCUCUACCACCAUGGAAUAAUGAUCAUCAGAAGACAUACCAUGAUGCGCUGGAUGCUGUGAAUUAUGGACAUAUCCACGUCAAGAUCGCUCUCCUGGAACAGCUUCAUUUUUCCUGGAGUAAACAACGGGCAGGAGCUGCCGUGGCUGCCAACCGGGUAAACAGGGCUCUGGGUGAAUUGGCCGCGAAUGCCAAUCGGGGCAACAGGGCUCCAGGUGCAUUGCCCGUGGUGGGUGCAGCACUUACGGACAAUACAGUGGCGGGAGGAUCCUCCAAUGAAUCGGCCAAUGCACAAGAUGAGGACACGAUUGGUGAGGAGAACAACGACAAUGAUGUUCCGUUGCCAGUGGAGGAGGAAACAGUCCAGAACGACCAGAGUGGUGAUGCACGUGCCACAACGGAACCGGGAAACAACAGUGGUGGACCACCAGAACAACCCCCAACUGCCAAUUCCACCACCACAACAGCGGUGGUUCCAACCAAUCGUUCCGAGUCACUGGUCAACGGCAACAACAACUGUGGCACUACUUUGGCCACUGAGGAAAUGGAGGAGCCUGAACAGGUGGCUGCUACUCCUCAUGAUACCAAUGGGCAGCAACAGCUGAUCAAGGAGUCUACCGUGGUGCCUCGCACCGAAGCUGAGGUGGAACACGAAGAAACGAUGCAAGUCCCCAUGGAAACAAACCAAGAGGCAGACGUCAACACCAACCAAGAGGCAGACGUCCACGUCAAUGAUGUGGUAAUGGCUACAGCAGUGGUUCCUGAACAAGACGAACCAGAACCAGCAUCCACUGCUCAAGUAGAGGACGAAAAGGAGGCCCCCCAAAACAACAACAACAACAACAAAAACCCUCCUCCAGUGUCAGCAGGACCCCCAGCGCAAGGGGGUGAAAACAUGGAUGGCAAAGCAGGCAAAUUGGCUGUGGCUGCAGCUGCAACAACACCCAAAGUUGCCGCUGCCAAGCGUAGGAAGGCUGUACCUGUUAGUCCACUCCAUCCAGUCCAGAAAAUGGAGACUCGUGGCUCUGCAAAGAGAAAGCUGGCACAACUGGAGGAGGAAAGGAAGCAGGAAGAGGAAGCUGCCAUUGCAGUGAUUGAUGGGAAGAGGUGGAAGGCGUCCAUCACGGCAACAACCACUGAGACACCAGUGGCGGCAGCUGCAGCGGCAAUGGCCACCUCUGAAAUUCAAGUGCAGCCAGCUCCUGCUCCCAACCACCAGGUGGCCAAUCCAGCCCCUGCAGCAUCACACAACGACGCAAGUGACACUGUCCUUCCGGCCGAGCCCAGUGUCGCCACGCAAAAUAAAAACCAGAACGAAGCUGCACCGAGCCAGGGUGGCAGCGUCGACGUUGGUGAUGCGGCCGCCCCUGCUGGAGGCGCCACCGGACCGGCAGGAGCAGACAGUGCCACCACCACCACUCCUCCCUUUCAAUGCAACUGCUGUACCUUGGGCGAUGAAAUUCGAACCAACUUUGAAGAGCUUGCCCAAUGGAUGAUGGAAAAUGGCAACAAACACUUGCUCCACAAUGAACAUGGUGGCGGUGAAGGCGGCAAUGCAGAAGGGGGACUAGCUGCCAGUCCUGUCGUCUUGUGUGAGCUGUGCAAGCAACACUGGCACCGAACAGCAGAGGAGUAUUGUGAGCACCGUGAGAGCAAGUUGGUGGCACCCUUGAACAAGCACAUUUUUUUGGAAGCGAUCUUCAAAAUCGGCGCAGUGCCUUUGGAAAUGAUGGAAAGAUUCCUUAUCUUGAAACGGCGAGUGACACAGGACCAAACAAACUUUAAGGGCUUCGGAGCCAUCCCUGGAAGCAAUGGCAAAGGCAAGUAUCAGUACAUUCUGGAUCAUGCCAAAAAACGUAAAAAAAAGGGUCGUCAAGAAAUUGGCAUCACCUGGGAGGAUUCCCAAUUGCUGGAUGAAAAUAGCUAUGAACGUGGAAAUGGUGAUGGGGACCUUCUGAAGAAAUUUGCUCUGGAUUUGGUUGCUACAUGCUUGCCACUGGGCAGGAAUGGCUAUAGGAUUGAUCCAGGGUUUGUGAUGACCUGCCUGGCAUAUGUACAGAAACCUCACCGUGACUAUGAAGGCUAUGGUGAUUUGUACAGUCACAGUCGGGGUGAAGAUGAGAAGCUGGAUGGCACUAUGCCAAACCCAGCUGACAAGGAGAAGCCCGAAACCAAAUUCCUACCUUGGAUUCUUCAUUGCCCCCUUUGCGAGGAAGGAAUGUACCUAAACUACUGGCCAGAGGGAAAUCCAGAGCCAAUCCAGAUUCACAUUCCUUUUGGCACAUACUUGGUACUACGUGCCGAUGCUAUUCAUGGGGGCUACUUUGGGCAACCUGGUAACAUCCGCCUGCACAUUGCCUAUUCCCCCAAGCAGGAAGUCAUUGAGAAGAAGGGAGGUAUCUGGAAGAAGGGUGGGGAGUACCUGCCAGCAGCAGUCACUGAUUACCACGCUGGCAAGGGGGCAAGAGAUGCUGGUGAUAGCACCCGCAAAUUGGAUCAUCUCAGUGUGGGCAACGAGAAGGAGAAAUACCGUGUGCCCGCGAAUAUUGAUGACUGCAUCAAGGGCAGCCUCCUUGCCUACACAGAUCCUUCCUUUCUCAAGAAGUUGGAGGGCAAGUUCGUUGAAAAUAUUGAUUUGGAGCAACACAAGAAGCAGGCAAAAGAGCCAGAACCUGAGCCGAAGACCCACCAAGCACCCCCAGGCGAGUCAGAGCCAGUGUCCAAGCAAGACAGCACGAUGCCCAAGGGGGGGGGUGAGAAACGCAUGGCACCAGGACCAGUGAGGGCCAGUCGCCGCAUUCGAAGCAAAAAAGUAGAUUACAAGAUGGAAAAAGUGCAUGAAAGUAUGUAG